AUGCGAUUGUGGUCGAUAGGACUCGGUCGGCUUUGGGCGGCGAUGGGUCAAGCGUACCACACAUGCUUUGCGACGGUUUUCGACGCCGGCGUAGCGGUUAUCCCCUUGACUUCGAGCAUCGCACCGCUUCUAGGAGCACAUUGCAGCAUCGUUGUCAUCCUGUACCCCGGCGACCUGUUGAAGGCUGGGGGGGAGAAGAUCACGACCUUGAUCUGGCACUUAGACCCGCAGACCGUGAAGCAGUGGUACUGCAACGAGGCGAUCCGCGUGCUGAAAGAGCCCGGCGGCGGCGUCGACAAGGAAGAUGAGGAGGUGGGAAGGGCGGUGACUGAGACCGCGGAGAAGCACCAGGAUGAUAAGGAGGAUCAGGAAGAGGACCAUGAGGAUCGUGAGGAGGAGGAGGAGGAGGAGGAGGAGGAGGAGGAGGAGGAGGAGGAGGAGGAGGAGGAGGAGGAGGCGGAGAAGCAGCAAGAGGGGGAGCAGGAGGACGAGGUUGAGUGGGAGUUGGAGGAAAUGGAGGUGGAGUACGUAGAGGGAGCGGCAGAAACGGCUGGGAGAUCGGCAGAUGUUGUGAACAAGGGAGGGGAGGAUGCCGACGAGGAGAAAGUCGGCGUUGAGGAGGCUCAGGGGCGGGGUGAGAAGGUCGUGGUCGAUGAUGUGGCACCGCUGGACGUCAUCGAGCAGCUGCGACAGGAGAACAGGCGAUUGACGGCAGAAAAUGCCCGUAUGGAGAAGGCGCUCGAAGAUGAAAGGGGUCGGGUGGAUAGGUUUGUGUUGGGGAUGCGGGGACUCCUCGACAAGCUCCAGUUGUUGGCCGACCAGGUCGCUGUCUGCGACCAUAAUGCGGCGAAACGGCUGCUAGAUGCGACGUCGGCCAUGUCGACAACCAUCACGGACAACAUCACCAACCACAUGGACGAAUCAUGGAAGGCGAUGAAGUCCUUCAUCGAAAAGGCGUCGACGUGGUUGGCGGAAAUCGACGGCUCAGAGGGAAGUAUGGCAGUUGAACACGCAAAAGCGGUCACCGCCUUGGGCAACCACGUGGAAGCGGUGGUGGACGAUGCGAAGCUGGGUUUGGAGGAGUUCAUCUCAAAGCACCUAGCCGCCACGCAGACCAACAUUGCCGUCGCGGUAACUCGCACCAUCGCCGUGCUGCCACCGCCCCCGCCGCAGCCCACGCCAGCCUUCCCGGACGAGCUCAUGAAGUCGUUCAAGGCGGACGUGUUGAAGGCGGUGACGGAGGCCACCCAGCAGUCGUUUGUUGCAUCCGGGUUAAAGCUCAUGACCGAGGUGAUCGGCAAUGUGGCGGCUGGUCAGCGUGCGUUGUCGCCGUCGGCCAAUGACGCCGAUCCCGCGCAACAAAGGGAGGCCGACAAGCAGAGCUGGAAAAGGGCGGGCGGCGGAGAUGAUGCGGGGAGCGUGAAGCGGAGCAAGGGAGCCGAUGGGAGCCGCGGCGUCUGCGCGGUGGGUCCAGGCGGCUCGCGGACUCGAGCUUACACUCCCGUAUCAUGA